GCUKUUUGGGAUACCUGUGUUACUGCCCCAUAAAUCAUUGCGGGACCGAUGUUUUCCCGCGUGGCUCAAAAUCGGACUUCAUUUGUGUUUUGCAGUUUUUUGACCAGACGAAACGUCUCUUUUGCUCCUUCUACGCACGGAAUGGAGUCAGUAUCAGCUAAAAAGCCUCAUCUAGAAAAGAAGAUUGGAACUCAYAAUGGGACCUUUCAUUGUGAUGAAGUUUUGGCUUGCUUUAUGCUGAAGCAGCUGCCUGAAUACAAAGAUGCUGAAAUCAUUAGAACAAGAGACCCUGCUCUUCUUGAUACAUGUAAUGUUGUUGUUGAUGUUGGAGGGGUAUAUAGUCCAGAGAAGCAUCGAUACGAUCAUCAUCAAAGAAGCUUCACAGGAACCAUGCAAAGCCUGACAGAGUCACGAAAAUUAUGGUCUACAAAGCUUAGUAGUGCUGGCUUGGUAUACUUACAUUUUGGUCAUAGAGUACUAUCUGAKAUAAUAGGAUUUCCUGUAAACGAUCCUAUCACUGAUAAAAUAUAUGACAAAGUGUAUAUUAACUUUAUUGAAGAAGUAGAUGCAAUUGAUAAUGGUGUCCAUCAAACUGACAGUGAUCCAAGAUACGAAAUUACGACACAUUUGAGUGCAAGAGUUGGUGGACUUAAUCCAAGAUGGAAUGAUAUUGAUCCACAACCUGAUGCACAAUUCCAUAAGGCAUUGCAGAUGGCUGGAGCUGAGUUUUUGGACAAGGUUUUAUACUACAAAAACAGUUGGCUUCCAGCAAGGGACUUGGUUGAGAAAGCUAUCAARCAAAGACAUGAGGUCGAUAAAAGUGGUGAAAUAAUAGAAUUGGCAAGUGCAGGAUGUCCAUGGAAACAGCACCUUUUUGAACUUGAAGAACCACUUGAAGUUGAAAAACCAAUMAAAUUUGUAAUUUAUUCAGAUAACAGUGGGAAGUGGAGAGUCCAGUGUGUCCCUGUUAGAGCACAUUCAUUUGAAAACAGGUUAAGUUUAUUAGAAAAGUGGAGAGGAAUUCGAGAUAAUGAACUGUCACAAUUGAGUGGUAUUCCUGGCUGUGUUUUUGUGCAUGCAAGUGGUUUCAUUGGUGGUAAUGAAACAAGAGAUGGUGCUCUCCAAAUGGCAAGAAAAACAUUGUCAGAACAAUAGGUAAAAAAAUAGUCCUAAAACUCAAGUACUCCUUCAGCAAAUGUCAAGUGCCUGCAAGUGCCUUAAUUAUCAUUCAGCUCUGACAAAUCUUUACUCAAUAUUGUCAAGCAAAGUGAACAAAAAGGUGAACAAAAAGCUUAUACAUGUGGACUACUGGUACAGUUGAUUCCUUUAUCUCCAGAAUAUUUCUCUGAGCAAAAUGCAAUACAAAAAUGAUGCCAGUAGAGAACUGUUGCAAUAAUAUCAAGAUGCAAGGGAGGCAUAUAUAUUGUCACUGGCAUUCUAUUUUUAUAAAACUUAUAUUUUAUAAAAAUUAAUAUAAUUUGUCAUACACAAAUGUUUAGUGAAAACGUAUUUACUGACAUUAAAACUCCAAUAUAAUAGAGUGCAUUUGCAUGUAACAUAUAGAGGAUAUUACAUGGGCGCAUGGAGAUACAGAUUUUAUCUUCGAGUGUUGAAAAGAUCUCUCACGUGUGAGCAUAGCAAACGAGUGAGAGAUUUUCAACAUGACAUUGAAGA